AUGUUCGGCGACAAGCUCCAUUUCCGCCGCGAGCCAAUCUGGUUUGAGGUGGUCGAUCCGGACAGCCCCUACCACGCGCUCUUGGGCCGGCCUGCACUGGCCAAAUUCAUGGCGGUGCCACAUUACGCCUACCUGAAUAUGAAGAUAACGGGCCCCAAGGGCAUCAUCACCAUUGCCGGCGACUACCAGAAGUCGCUCACGUGCGCCGCAGCCAGCUCCCGGCUGACCGAGUCCCUCGUCAUCGCUGAAGAGAAGCACCUCCUUGACCGGGUGGUGGCCAUGACCAACAAGCAGUCGGACAUGCCCACCGACCCCAAGGAUGCGGGGACCCAGGGCUCCUUCCAGCCGGCCAAGGAAACCAAGAAGAUCGCCUUGGACCCGACGCACCCGGAGAGAUUUUCUGUCAUGGGGACCCACCUCGACAGCAAAUAG